AUGUUGGGCCGGCCGUCUUUGACGCUUUACAGAAACGGGAGUUUCAGGGCCGAGAAUCUCGGCCCGAACGCCCUGGCCGUGAUUGGAAACCUAUGCUUCGCCCUCUUCGUCGUUGGCGUUUUAGUAUUCACCAUCAUAGCAGCCACCUACCAGCCGGAGGACCCCCUGUUCCACCCCUCCUCGAAACUCACCAGCUUCCUCUCCUCGGACUCCAACGCCACCUUCAAAUCCGAAACGGCCGUUGUCCGAACCGGCGAGGACUUUGUCGCCGUGAACCAGACCGCCUUCGACACCUUCAUCAACAUUACCGAUGUAGAAAACGCAAUCCCAGCAAUAAUUGAGCUCAAGGAGUCCAUUUCGGACCCCGAGAGUCGUGGCUGCAAGAUUGACGAGCCGAUCAGCUGCCGGGAUCCCGAUGUUUUCCAUCUGUUGAUGCGAUCGGCCAUCGAGCGGUUCAAGGACAUCCAUUUCUACCGUUUCGAAAGGCCCGUCGUGGGGAGAAACGGCAGCUCCUGCCACAUGGCGUGGAGGUUCAGGCCCAAGGAAAGUAAAGAGGCCGCGUUUUAUAAGGAUUACAGGAGUUUCACGCUUGAGAGGUCCGAGAACUGUACACUUACUGUGGUCAGGAUCGGAGGCUAUCAUUCGGGCGGGAAUGCAAGGAAUAAAAAAAGAAAGAGGGAAAAGAAUUCAGUGAAGCACAUGCCAGGGUUUGAGGGGUAUGAAAAAGUGUCUGUAUUUUCUUAUAAAGGGGUGGAUUCCCUCCCGGAAGUUGGCGAGACCGUAAAUGAUGUGCUUCCCACGGUUGAAUCAGAAGGUUCUUUUAGUCAGGGCAAGUAUUUGAUAUAUUCGGGUGGUGGGGACAGGUGCAAGAGCAUGAACCAGUAUAUAUGGAGUUUCAUGUGUAUGCUUGGGGAGGCACAGUAUUUGAACCGGACUCUGGUCAUGGAUCUGAGUAUUUGUCUGUCUAAAAUCUAUACCUCGUCCGGCCUAGACGAAGAGGGUAAGGAUUUUAGAUUCUACUUUGAUUUUGAGCACUUGAUGGAUUCGGCCUCUGUUUUGGACCAGAACCAGUUCUGGUCUGAUUGGGGCAAGUGGCGGAAGAAGGACAAGUUGAGCUUGCAUCUCGUGGAGGACUUUAAGGUUACUCCCAUGAAGCUUGCGGAUGUUAAGGAUACCCUGAUCAUGAGGAAGUUUGGGAGUGUGGAGCCCGAUAACUACUGGUACCGGGUUUGUGAGGGCGAGACCGAGAGUGUGAUCCAACGGCCAUGGAGUAUGAUCUGGAAAUCGAGACGGUUGCUAGAUGUUUCCUCGGCUAUUGCUGCCCGAAUGAAUUGGGAUUUCGACACGGCUCACGUCGAGCGAGGUGAAAAGGCAAGCAACAAGGAAUUAUGGCCUAAUGUCGAUAGGGACACUUCACCCGAUGCACUUUUGUCGACCUUGAAGCACAAAAUCGAGGACGGGAGGAACUUAUACAUAGCAACCAACGAGCCUGACACGUCGUUUUUCGACCCAUUGAAGGAUAAGUACACGACCCAUUUUCUCAAUGACUAUAAAGAUCUUUGGGAUCCAAACAGCGACUGGUAUUCCGAGAUGACCAAACUCAAUAACGGGAGCCCGGUUGAGUUCGACGGGUACAUGAGGAUUCAAGUUGAUAGUGAGGUAUUCUUGAAGGGCAAGAAGCAAAUCGAGACUUUUAAUGAACUUACCAGAGACUGCAAGGAUGGGUUCAACACAUGCACCUCCUCUAGUUAG